AUGGCCGGACGCAUUCACCGAGUUACAAUGUUCAAGCUGCCUGUCCCUGAGGACCAGCAAAAGUUGAUUGAGGCGUACAAGACUUUGUCCAAGAACCAACAAAAGAAUGGAAAGCCGUACAUACUUUCUCUCACCGCCGGUAUCGCUGAAAAGGACCAGCGAUCCCAGGGCUUCACCGUGGUCAGCAAGACCGAGUUCGCCAGCAUGGACGACAUGAAAUACUAUGACGACGAGUGUGAGGCCCACGCGGCGCUCAAGUCAUAUGCCAAAGGCACCCUGACCAUUGAAGGUGGUCCCACUGGUGUUUUGACGGUUUUCUUUGAGCCGCGGGCUACAAGUACCCUCUGA